GUUUCCGGAACGGGCUCGCUGGGGGGCUGGAGCGUGCGGGUUCGGAGGCCGGCCGGGCGGCUCGACCCAGCCUGAAGCCCCGGCGGCCGUCUCCUGUGGGGUCCUGGGUAAGUCGACGGCCCUGCCGAGCACCCACCUGGAUCCGUCGACAUGAAUCCCGUGGUCGUGGUCCACGGCGGCGGGGCCAGCCAUAUCUCCAAGGACCGGAAAGAGCGGGUGCGGCAGGGCAUCAUCAGAGCCGCCACCGUGGGUUACAACAUCCUCAGGGAGGGAGGGAGCGCAGUUGACGCCGUGGAAAGUGCCGUGGCCGUCCUGGAAGAUGAUCCCGAAUUCAACGCAGGUUGUGGAUCUGUCUUGAACGUAAAUGGGGAAGUUGAAAUGGAUGCCAGUAUCAUGAAUGGAAAAGACCUGUCUGCAGGAGCCGUGUCUGCAGUCCGCUGUGUAGCAAAUCCCAUUAAACUUGCGCGGCUUGUUAUGGAAAAGACACCUCACUGCUUUCUGACUGACCAAGGUGCAGCAAAAUUUGCAGCAGCCAUGGGGGUUCCAGAGGUUCCUGGAAAGCAGUUGGUAACAGAAAGAAACAUAAAGCGCCUUGAAAAGGAGAAGCAUGAGAAAGAUGCUCAGAAAUUAGACUGUCAAAAAAACUUGGGCACUGUGGGUGCUGUUGCCUUGGACUGCAGAGGAAACGUGGCUUAUGCAACCUCUACGGGGGGCAUCGUUAAUAAAAUGGUCGGCCGAGUAGGGGACACACCGUGUAUAGGAUCUGGAGGUUAUGCUGACAAUGACAUUGGAGCCAUUUCAACGACGGGGCACGGGGAGAGCAUCAUGAAGGUGAAUCUGGCCAGACUCGCUCUCUUCCACGUGGAACAGGGAAAGACGUUGGAAGAGGCUGCUGACAUCUCGUUGGGUUAUAUGAAGUCGAGGCUCAAAGGUUUAGGUGGUGUUAUCCUGGUCAGCAAAGCAGGAGACUGGGCAGUAAAGUGGACCUCUGCGUCCAUGCCCUGGGCAGCCGUCAAGAACUGCAAGCUGCACUCCGGAAUUGAUCUUGACGACACCAGUGUCACGGACCUGCCCUAAGCCCUGGAAGAUUGUAUUCUAGAUGCUAGCUUGGAGGUCAAGUACAGCUUCCUGUGUGGAGACUCAGCUUAAUCAAUUAGAUGUAGAAAUGGAAAAAGCCUGCAGUCUGUCACUCCUUUUGUUGCCUUGAUCUGAGUGUUUGGUUGAGGGGUGGAUUCUGAAGUGAUAAGGGAAAUGUCUGUAUUAAGGUCAAAGUAAGACUAGUGGGCAUGACACACUCUGCUGAGCCUUUCUCGCGAGCUGAGCCCUUAUCUUAGGUUAGAAAGAAGAAGUGACGUGAUCGUAACACGGCAGGAGCUGCCUAGUGUGGGGAGUGCCCUUUGGAGGUGGGAGACCCGCGGCAGAGACGGGAGCUGCAGCCUGAAAGGCUUGUGGGAUCCAGAGGAGAGCGACUCCCCAGGCUCUCUUGGUUGCAGACUUUCCCACAGGACCAGGGAGGGGCAGGAGGGGAGGGGAGGGCCCAGUGGAGGGAUGUGAAAGUAAGACAGGAGCAGCAGCAGAGCAAGUGGGAGAAGUCCGGGUGAACCGCCACAUCAGCCUGUCGCAGAGUCCGUUUAGACAGCGGGGAAAAGAAUCUGUGAGAGUAAACUGACUUCCAAGAAAGUUGAGAUCCUCUCUAACUUGCUAAUAUGGACAUGUUUCCAGACACUUUAAGGGGACCCUCUGGUAACCCGUAGCUCUCUAGUCUGGAGAUGAAGGGUCCCAAUGGAAACUGUGGCUCUCCUUCCAGUCUGAGGGCUUUCCUGGGCUCACACACGAGUCUGCUCACCUACUGUUUUCCCAGCAGCCAGCACGGCUGACCAGAGCCUCCACCUGCCGCAGACCCUCUGGGUCCUCAUAGUGAGGAACGCGGCUCGCAACCGCUCUCCUCUCCUGCCACAAGGCAGGGCCGAUCCAUGUGGAGAUGACGCCGUGACCUAAGGCGUUCUCAUACUGUCCAGUGCUGUGGGGUCCUCCCCAGCUGAAUCAGGUGUGUGUACAAUGUGGUCAGCAUGGUGAAGAAAGUAAUUUCCUUGGUGGAGCGUAUUCCUAUUAAUCUGUCUUUACACAGGAAAUGGUAUUUCUGCUGUGACAUAUCUGCUCAGUUUUUUAGUCUGUCAGGGCUUAUCUUCUCUCUGGAAAGAAAUUGCUUAACUUUAAAUUCCAUGUGCCACUAAUAAAAUGUAUUUUGAAAGAAUAA